AUCAUGCAGUCUCUGCAACUAUACGUGUUCGGACCAAAGAAUUCAGACUUGUUCUUAAAAGAUCUCAAGGUGGAUAAACAUUCUGUUGGAGGCUUUGGAGGAAUGAUGAGCAGAAAGAAAGGAGCCGUCGCAAUCCGUAUCAGUUACAAAGGAUUCAGAAUGGUGUUCAUCACUUGCCAUCUCUCAGCUCAUGCUGGAAAUGUAGAAGAGAGAAAUGCACAGUGCAGGCACAUAUCUCAGUCUCUCUUCUCAAAGUAUUGGAACCCUUACGCCAGGCCCGCACAAAUCACCAUAUGGUUAGGCGACCUCAAUUACAGGCUACAAGGCAUCCACACACAUCCAGCCAGAAACUUAAUACAAAGAAACCUUCACAGACUCCUUACAAGCAAAGAUCAACUCCAUCAGGAAGCCGAAAGAGGGCAGAUUUUCAAUGGAUAUUGUGAGGGAACACUCACAUUCAAACCAACGUAUAAAUAUAAUCUAGGAAGUAGCAAUUACGAUACAAGUUACAAGGUUCGAGUUCCGUCAUGGACCGAUCGGAUCUUAUUCAAGAUCGGAGAUCCUGGCAAAAUCACUGCAAGUUUGCACUGUUACGAAUCAGUUGAUGUCAUUUAUAGUUCUGACCAUAAGCCUGCGAGAGCCCACAUUUGCUUCAAAGUUAGCAAAUAGCAACCUCAUCCCACAAUGAGUUCCAUAGUGGAUAUGCAAUUUCUCUGCAGAUAUGUGCUGUCAUGUCAGCACUUAUUUCUCGGCUAAGCCAGGUGACUCGCCGCCCAUAAUCCACAAUCCAAGAACGGUCAAUGAAUAUGAUGAAGACUUCAAUAUUUUUAUGCAACGCGGUUACAGAGAGCACGAUGGGAAAAUUAGAGUUGGCUAACCGAAACUUUGAUUCACAUUAGAGAAAUGGUCAACUACAGGGGUAGAUUUCUAGAAGGCAGAUUGAACUUGAUUAUAUUCCAUUUCAGCAUAUUAAAAGGACAAAAAAGUGUGGAUAGCUUAGAUCAUUCCACCUGCCCUUUUUCAUGUGGAGCCAUGGCUUGGACAUUUCACAUUGUCUUACAUGUAAACAUCAAACCAAACCUAAAAAAAUAACAC